GUCAAAGUUGGAGAGUGAGACGCGGGCUUAACUAAUGGGAAACUGAGAAGGGUUUUUGUUUAUUAUAUAUUCGAAAAAACCACCUCGCAUGCAACUUUUUGGAAAAACCAAUCUAACAAAUCCCACAAUGAUAAUAUUAAUUUCCAGUCUCUGUCUGUGUUGCUCUUCUUCCGUAGAUCUGCUGUCAAUCCUCAGUGGUUCAUUACUGUCUUAGGAUAUGCAGAUCUUGGAUUUGCGAUCAGCUGCGCGCAGGCGCUGCCCAACAUCAUUCCAUCAGAAAUGUCGGCGAAGGGAAAUUCUAUUGCAAAAGAUGAUGACGAAGAAGCAAAUGAAGGAGAUGAAGAAGAAGGUGUAGUAGUGCAUAGAGGGUUUUGGCCUGCAUACAGCCAUACAGUGAAGUAUGCAGAUAAUUAUAAUGCGCAGGCUAUUUGGACAGCGGCGAAGAAGCUGGCUGUUGAUUGCAGUAUUGAGGAUGCUAAAGCUUGUCAGUAUAGUAUACUUCACUGGUACAUGGAAAGCGGCGAUAUGAACGACUUCAACUUUGAGCAGAGGGAUUGGAUGACUGUUCAACCUCAGGAGCUGCGGAAAGAUGGUUCAAAAUUGAUCAUGAAGGUGGCUAGAGCCGAUGACGAUGACAACGAAUUGGGCAACUAAAUGCGAAGGCUUUUUUUGUUUCUGCAGAAUCAAUCAGCAGUUCUAACUUGGCUAACUCCCGCUCUGCGCCAAUCGAUUGAGUUGGAAAAAGAUGGGAGGAUUGAGGAUAGGAGCUCUCUGUUGAGUGACACUAGUUGACUCUACUUCAGAACUUCAUUUGUAAAUCAGUUGCAGGAUUUGUAUUCUAGGGGCAAAGGUUAGUCGUAGCUAUGGUCGCCCUUUCCUCCCUCAGGUCUUGUUUUGAAACUGGAAUUUGUCAAAUGGUAAAUUACAUGGGAUUCUGUAGCAUAAAAAUCUGUUCUUAUUAUAUUCCUUUUGUCCUUGCUUCCUCAUCUUUUUUGUCAUCC